UCGUCUCCCGCUGUGAGCGCUGGGGACUGCUGCGUUCUGACCGGGAGCACCGCGAACCGGGAGUCUGUUGUCAUGGCUACUGAGGACGCCAUCUCCGUGAGCACUGUGUGAACCAAAUGAAAUUAUUCUCCUGAAAUUCAUCACCAACAACCAGGAUAUUUAACUAAGAGCAAUGUUAAACUGCUGAAAGAGUUGAAGCACAAGCCGUCCUGAAAAGCCUCCAGAACACGCAGAAACAGUUUGCUACAUUUAACAGACAAAUGAAGCCAAGUCCUGACAUGGAGAAACAGCACUCUGUCAAGAGUUUUACUAAACAGAGUAAUCUCAAAAUUCACCAGUACAUUCACACAGGAGAGAAACCGUAUUACUGCUCAGACUGUGGGAAGAGUUUUACUGAACAGAGUCAUCUCAAAAAUCACCAGCGCAUUCACACAGGAGAGAAACCGUAUCACUGCUCAGACUGUGGGAAGAGUUUUAAUCAACAGAGUAAUCUCAAAAUUCACCAGCACAUUCACACAGGAGAGAAACCGUAUCACUGCUCAGACUGUGGGAAGAGUUUUAAUCAACAGAGUAAUCUCAAAAUUCACCAGCGCAUUCACACAGGAGAGAAACCGUAUCACUGCUCAGACUGUGGGAAGAGUUUUACUAAACAGAGUCAUCUCAAAAAUCACCAGCGCAUUCACACAGGAGAGAAACCGUAUCACUGCUCAGACUGUGGGAAGAGUUUUACUAAACAGAGUAAUCUCACAAUUCACCAGCGCAUUCACACAGGAGAGAAACCGUAUUACUGCUCAGACUGUGGGAAGAGUUUUACUGCACUAAAUUCUCUCAAAAUACACCAGCGCAUUCACACAGGAGAGAAACCGUAUUACUGCUCAGACUGUGGGAAGAGUUUUACUGCACCAAAUUCUUUCAAAAUACACCAGCGCAUUCACACAGGAGAGAAACCGUAUUACUGCUUAGACUGUGGGAAGAGUUUUACUCAGCAGAGUAGUCUCAAAAUACACCAGCGCAUUCACACAGGAGAGAAACCGUAUUACUGCUCAGACUGUGGGAAGAGUUUUACUCAACAGAGUAGUCUCAAAAUACACCAGCGCAUUCACACAGGAGAGAAACCGUAUUACUGCUCAGACUGUGGGAAGAGUUUUACUGAACAGGGUGCUCUCACAAAACACCAGCGCAUUCACACAGGAGAGAAAACUCCAUCCAUGCGAUUAAAAGUGCAAAUCGCAAAUCUUUCAGACUGAAUACCUUAUCCUACACAAAUGUUUCACUUUGUCACUUGGGACACGUUCCACCAGAAACAAACAAGAACUGAAUUUAACAAUGGAUUUUACAGGUUCAGCAAAAUGAAUCUCAUCCAGCGAUCAUGUUUAUUGAAUUCCAUUAUGUUAAAUUAUGAAUUCCGUUAUGUUUUAUGUUUAUGUUCGAUAUUCCAGGACAUUCUUUGUGAGACAGAGCUGAAGUUUUAGGGUAGUUACGGUAGGAGUUCAGUUCUGAAGAAUGGAAAAAACGUAGUCUUUAAAAUUUAGAUGUCAUAGUGAGUAGGAUUCCUAACUGGCAACUAAUUGUUUUGGACCAAACCUUCAGAGCUUAUGAUUUUAAUCCCCUUUCUAGUAUAUGCAGAUUUGAUUAUUUCUAUGAAUUUCUAGUAUCUCUGUUUUCACUCUGUGGAAGCCGUCCUCAAUUCCCCAAGCUUAGCAUAGCUUAGCUUAAUGCUAUUAACCGCUAGGCCCAUCUGCAUGAAAGAAGAAGUGAAAACACCAGCUGAGGAACUCCAGAGAGUGCUCCCAAAAGUGAGACCCAGAGCCGCAGAGAGACGACACUGUGCCGGGUACUGCCGUGUGGACCGGAGGAGCAUCCAGACUCUGCAGAGAGGCCAACAAAUUCCUUUCCAGAGGUUAAAUAAAACGCUCCAUCUUUAGUUCCCAUACUGAAAUCAACCUCCUCCGGGCUUGAGUAGCGCAGUGAGAUUGUGGGCUCAUUCAUUCCCUCUGAUGGGGUUCUUCUUUGUCUAUGGUUCAGUCAUUCUGAUUAAAAAUCUGUUACCAUAGAGGGAUGUUUGGUUGUUGUAUUACACAAGUUUUAUGCUCUCUUAUCUUUUUCUUAUUGAAUAUUAUAUGUUGUUUAAGGUUUUUAAUCUCCAAAAUGUACUAAGAAUAUCCAAAUUUUGUAGUUUCUUAAUUGUUUUUAUCCACUACAAACUAUUAUCUUUGUAUUACUUCACCUCUAUAUUUACUCAUCUG